ACCCAUGAUCGAGGAUUACUUAAACACAGGAUGGGAUCGCCAAGGUUGGAAAAUCAAAAUUGCCAGCUCUGUCUGCGAUAGAAACGCUCCCACCACCCACUUUCUUCCUCAAUAAGAAUAUGAAUAAAUAAAAUAAUAUUAGCUUCUCACGCGCUUCCAUCGAUAGUGAUGGCGGUUUAGCAUAUCUCAGGGAAAUUUGACUUCAACGAAACCCUAAAGAAAUGUCUGUUCUGUUUGUCCUCCUCGUAUUCCAUUUUCCCCCCUAAUCUCUUCGUUUCCUUUAAUCAAUAUAGGGUUUCUGUAAUUCAACCGGGUGUUUUACUUUUAAAUUAAAAUUAAAUUUGUAAAAAUCAAUUAUGGGUAAGCCAACUGGGAAGAAGAAGAAUCAAGAGACGGGUUCAGUAUCCACACCGAAACACGGUGACACCAAGGCUAAGUUAACCAGAACGAUGACGGACCGACCCAGCUCAAAAGCUUUUGAUGAAGACACGGCGAUGUUCAUAAGCAUGUCACAGGAGCUUAAAGAAGAAGGUAACAACCUCUUUCAAAAACGUGACCAUGAAGGCGCCAUGUUAAAGUUUGAAAAAGCUCUUAAACUGUUGCCUAAAAAUCAUAUUGAUGUUGCUUAUUUGAGAAGUAAUAUGGCUGCUUGUUAUAUUCAAAUGGGAUUGGGCGAGUACCCACGUGCAAUUAAUGAGUGUAAUUUGGCUUUAGAGGUUUCACCUAAGUAUAGUAAAGCUUUGCUGAAGAGAGCUAAGUGUUAUCAGGAAUUGAAUCGGUUGGAUUUUGCAUUGAGGGAUGUUCAUAAUGUUUUGAGUAUGGAACCUAAUAAUUUGUCUGCAUUAGAGAUUUUAGAAAGUGUUAAGAAGAGUAUGAUUGAGAAGGGGAUCGAUAUUGAUGAGAAAGUUAAAGAAAUUGGUUUGGAUAAUAGUGUGGAGAUUCAAGGUGCCUCUCGUUUGCGUAGAGUGGUGAAAGAAAAGUUGAAAAAGAAGAAAAAGGGUGGUAAAAAUGAGGAGAAGAAAAAGGAUAACAAGGCCAUCAUGGGGGAGAAGGUUAGUGAUGUCAGGGGUGAAGAAGUGGCUUGUAAGAAUGAUGUGAAGGUUCAGGAUAAGAAAGUGAGUGAUGCUAAGGAUAAAAAGAUUAUUCGUAAAGUUGUAGAGGAAGAGGUUGAGGUGACAAAAGCUGUUAGUAAGGAAGAAAAAGUGAUUAUUAAGACGGUGAAAUUGGUGUUUGGGGAUGAUAUAAGGUGGGCACAGUUGCCAGUGAAUUGCAGCAUUAGAUUGGUGAGGGACAUAGUGCAGGAUAGGUUUCCAAGCUUGAAGGGUGUUCUUGUGAAAUAUAAGGAUCAGGAGGGUGAUUUGGUCACAAUUACCACUACUGAUGAGCUGAGAUAUGCUGAACUUUUGAGUGAUUCACAUGUUUCUCUUAGAUUGUAUAUCUCUGAAGUUAGUCCUGAUCAAGAACCUGCUUAUGAGUGCAUGGGAAACCAGGAAGAGAUGCCUGACAGUAAACAGGAACCAAUUAAUGUUGUUGAGAAUGGGGAGGUGGAGACAGUUGUAGAGGAUAAAAAAGGUUUGACUUGCAUAGAGGAUUGGAUUAUUCAGUUCGCCCGACUGUUUAAAAACCAUGUGGGGUUUGAUUCUGAUGCCUAUUUGGAUCUUCAUGAACUUGGAAUGAAGUUAUAUUCUGAGGCAAUGGAGGAUGCUGCAACAGAUGAAGAAUCUCAGGAACUUUUUGAAAUUGCUGCUGAUAAGUUCCAAGAGAUGGCAGCGCUUGCAUUGUUCAAUUGGGGAAAUGUUCACAUGUCGAAGGCAAGGAGACGGAUCUUUUUCCCAGAAGAUGCUACUCGAGAAUCCAUACUUGUGUUGGCUAACACUGCAUAUGAGUGGGCCAAAAAUGAGUACAUUAAGGCAGGAAUCAGGUAUGAAGAAGCUCUGAAGAUCAAACCAGACUUCUAUGAAGGACUUCUUGCUCUUGGGCUACAACAGUUUGAGCAAGCAAAGCUUUGCUGGUACCAUGCAAUUGGGAGCAAGAUUAAUUUAGAGAGUGGGCCUUCCCAGGAGGUCCUGGAGCUUUAUAACAAGGCUGAGGACAGCAUGGAGAAGGGCAUGCUGAUGUGGGAGGAGAUGGAGGAGCAGCGUCUGAAUGGUCUAUCCAAAUUUGACAAAUAUAAAGAUGAGUUGCAGAAAUUGGGGUUGGAUGGAUUGCUUAAAGAUGCAUCUCCAGAAGAAGCUGCAGAGCUGGCUACAAAUAUGAGUUCACAGAUAUAUCUAUUGUGGGGUACCUUAUUGUAUGAGCGAUCUGUUGUUGAGUAUAGGAUAGAGCUUCCAACUUGGGAAGAAUGUUUGGAGGUUGCGGUUGAAAAGUUUGAACUUGCUGGAGCUUCUCCAACAGAUGUAGCUGUCAUGAUAAAGAACCAUUGCUCUAAUCAAGAUGCACUGGAAGGUUUAGGCUUCAAAAUAGAUGAGAUAGUGCAGGCAUGGAAUGAGAUGUAUGAUGCUAAGAGGUGGCAGAUUGGUGUUCCAUCUUUCCGACUAGAGCCACUGUUUCGUCGACGGGCUCCUAGACUUCAUUAUAUGUUGGAAAAUAUGUGAAACUUUUGGCUUUUGGUUGGCUAUUCUUUUAAGGGCAUUAAAUAAAUGCUGCUAUUUUUUUCGUUCAUUUUUCAAGAGCUACAUUGUUUGAAUCUUAUAUAGGUGUUUAUUUUUCUUCAAGACAAUCUAUGUCAAGCUCGAUGUUUUGGGAGCAGCGAGCCAAGUGUCAGUUUUAUAGAAAUGAGUUUGUGACUGGCUGUAAGGCCGUUCAUGUCAAUUUUAUUCUAUCCCCAAUAUUUUUUUGGGGGGAGGGAAUUCAUUUACAGUGUAAUUGGUUGGUUUUUCAUAGUUUUUGAGUAUUGAUGUAGAAUAUAUAUGAUUUGAAUUGUUUGAGAAGUUGAGAUGGUGGGUAUAAGAUUUGAUUGGUCCAUAAUUUAUUUUAGAUUGUAACAAUUUUUGGGUGUUGUAUGGCAGUGUAAUUGUUUCAUGGAUUCAUUUUGAUGGGAAAUUUUGAACAGUUUGAUAUUGAA